UCUCCCUCUCGGCUCGGUCAGUUACGCGAUUGCUAGCGUACGAUUCGUGCGGCCGGAGUGCGCCCCGAGCUUUUACUGAUCAUCAACAGUGUUGAUCGGUGCUACAUCGAGUGCAUCGAACUGACAGACGAACGCGAUCGUGCUUUCAUCUCGAAACGAAUACGAAGGUAAAUCGAGUGUGAUAUAAACGGUGUUAGUGGCUCGAAGAGAUGCUCGAACAGUGAGCGGAAGCCCCGCUUUCUCGACAAGGUUCGUGCGCUUAACAGCGCGGUGGAGCGGCCCCAAUGCCGGUCAGGAAGGGCCUUCUCGCUCCACAGAAUACUUUCUUGGAUACCAUCGCGACUCGUUUCGAUGGAACCCACAGCAACUUUGUACUGGGAAAUGCGCAGGUUCCGACGAUCUAUCCGAUCGUUUAUUGCUCCGAUGGAUUCUGCGAGCUGACAGGAUUCGCGCGAGCGCAAAUCAUGCAGAAGGGUUGCGCUUGCAAGUUUCUUUACGGGCCGGAAACGAAGGAGGAAGAAAAGGCCAUGAUCGACAAGAGCCUCGAGAGCAAGACGGAAUUGAAAAUGGAGGUUGUCUUUUACAAGAAGAACGGAAGUCCAUUCGAUUGCCUACUCGACAUUGUUCCGAUAAAAAACGAGAAGGGCGACGUCGUUCUGUUCCUGGCCUCGCACAAAGACAUCACGCACACGAAGAACCUUCAGCUCUGUGAGUUGCACGAUAGUGACUCGAAUGGCAAUAUCGACCCUGAGGCACCGCCUUCCAAUUACGGUAGAAGAAGAAGUCGCGCCGUCCUUUAUCAACUAUCAGGCCAUUACAAGCAGGACAAUAAGCACAAAAUUAAGCUAAACAAUACGCUUCUGCAUUCAACUGAACCGCCUUUACCAGAAUACAAAACGUCGGCGAUCAAAAAGUCGCAAUUUAUUCUUAGUCAUUACGGUGGUUUCAAGUCCUGCUGGGACUGGCUGAUCCUCAUCGCGACCUUCUACGUGGCAAUAAUCGUUCCCUAUAAUGCGAGCUUCAUCAACAUCGAUAGGCCUACCAUGGUCAGUGACGUUGUCGUCGAAGCGCUCUUCAUUAUAGAUAUCCUUUUUAACUUUAGAACAACGUACGUGAGUAGAAAGGGCGAAGUCGUCAGCAAUAGCAAAAGCAUCGCCGUGAACUACGUGAAAGGCUGGUUUGUUGUUGAUCUUGUAGCAGCAUUGCCGUUUGAUUUUCUCUAUGCUUCAGACGUUUACAGCGGCGAGGAGGAGCAUGGAGAGAAAUCUGUCAAUAUGUAUUAUACGCAUCCUAAUAUCGAUACAGCACACAGUAACAUCCAUUUAGUAAAACUCACACGAUUACUGAGACUCGCGCGUCUAUUACAAAAGAUGGAUAGAUAUUCGCAAUACAGUGCGGUAAUAUUAACAAUGCUUAUGCUUUUUUUCAUUCUGGUCGCGCAUUGGUUAGCUUGUGUCUGGUAUGUCAUCGCCGAGAAGGAGAGAUUGCGAAACGAUAAAGAUUGGGAUUUAGGGUGGUUACAUACUCUGGCUGAGAGGUUGAAAAUAUCUGUACAAAACGUUACGCAUACAGAGAGCUAUAUAACAGCAUUAUAUUUUACUUGUAGUAGUUUAACUUCCGUAGGAUUCGGAAAUGUUUCGGCAAAUACAUUCUCGGAAAAAUUCUUUUCUAUUUGCACGAUGUUGAUUGGAGCUCUUAUGCAUGCCGUAGUAUUCGGUAACGUUACUGCAAUCAUUCAAAGAAUGUACUCUAGAAGAUCCCUGUAUCAAACCAAGUUACGAGAUCUUAAAGAUUUUCUGGUCUUACAUCAGAUCCCGGAAGAGCUCAAACAGCGAAUGCAGGAUUACUUUCAGACUAUGUGGUCGCUAAAUCACGGUAUUGAUAUACACGAGACUCUUAAACAAUUUCCCGAGGAGUUGCGAGGAGAUGUUUCGAUGCAUCUUCAUCGUGAGAUUUUAAGUUUACCGAUAUUUGAAACCGCCUCUCAGGGAUGUUUAAAGCUACUCUCGCUCCAUAUUAGAAACAACUUUUGCGCCCCCGGCGAAUUUCUCAUUCACAAAGGCGAUGCACUUUCAUACAUCUAUUAUCUGUGUAACGGAUCCAUGGAGGUUGUGCAAAAUGACAUGGUGGUGGCAAUUUUAGGAAAGGGCGAUUUGGUGGGUUGCGAUAUAAAUGUUCAUUUGCAACAUGGAAAUAAUGGCGGAGGCACGACUGGAACUGGUUCAGUUGACGUUGUAGUAAAAUCCAGCUGCGACGUCAAAGCGUUAACAUAUUGUGAUUUAACGUGCAUACACAUGCAGGGCUUAGUUGAGGUUCUUCGACUGUAUCCCGAGUAUCAGCACGAGUUUGCGCAUGAUAUACAACACGAUCUUACAUAUAAUUUGCGCGAGGGAUACGAGGCAGAGCAGGAAUCCGAUGUGAACGGCCCGUCAUUGACACUGCCCUCCAUCAGCGAGGAUGACGAGAACGCAGUCGAGGAGAGCGAAACUUCUCCCUUAUCGCCACCGAACAAAUCACCACUCCAUACAUCUUCGAGUCCACGACAUGCCAAGUUCAGGGAGGAUUAUAGAGAUGGGAGACGAGCAGGAAGGGGUGUCCUGGUGCGAGGAGGAAGAGCAGCGCAGGUGAUCGCGCAGGAGUCUGUGGAAGAGCACAUUCGAGGAUCAGUCGAGAGACUAGAUAAUCAGUUUUCCACAUUGCAUCAAGAUGUUGCGACGCUCAGUUGUGAGGUACGCAACGCCAUUCAAGCUUUGCAGAUGCUCGCCUGCUCGCCCCAGAGUAAUCCGAAUUUGCCGACUCCGGCGGCAAGCCGCGGCAGCGGGGUCCUCGCCAGGAGCUCGUCUCAUCCCCCGGAUGCUAUUUGUUGGAAUCCGCCGGUGAGAUUGAUCGACGUGUCGACGCAGACGGAUUGGCCGGUCGACUUAUUCGAGACCUGGGUGCGGGCGAACCCCCGCAGAGCUCUGAAAGCUCUUGGUCUGGAUCCAAACGUUAUCUUGAGGCUGCCUCCGCCGUCGCCUACGCCAUCCCCAUCCUCGCCUCCGCCGCCACCCUACGAACCCUUAUCACCCUUGGCGAGUUCCCCGCAGCAAUCGCCUUCGCGAUCUCUGACGGCAGGAAAUGACAGCUACGUUUUUGGAAUUAAUCGUGAUGCUCCGCACAUUCCUCGAGUGUAUAGGCCACCCAAUUCAACCUGGGAUCCCGACAACAAACUGUGGCAUCGCUUUAGCGCCGGCGACGCUGACAACGCGUCGUUAUAUCAGGCGUUGCGACGUCUUCCGGAGUCACGCUCAUUGAAGUUUAAUCCGUUCGAUAGCUGAGCUGAUUAAUUAUUCCGAGCUCGUACAAAAAUGUAUUUAUCCAUGGCGAGUGAAAGAAAGGAAAACAGAUCGAAGGAAUGCCUGGCAAAUUCGUAAGUCUAUUAUAUUUUAUUUUUAUUAGUAAAAUGAUAAUGAUAUCUUGCGCAUUGUGAUAAAAUGUUUAAAAAAUUUCGAUUUAAAAAAACAUAAUAAAUCUGUAAAUUAAUCGAUCCGAGAAUAACGCAAAUAUUAAUUCAUGCUAAAGGCAUUAUUGAGGCGUUGAAUUUAAUUGGCAGAUCAAUUACAUCGUUGGUACAAAUUGUUGAACAUUUAUUGCAACAAAUAAUUCUAAUAAAUUUGAAAACGCAAAAUCGGAAUAAUUUUUGACAAAAUCAAACUCGACAUUGACCCGCGCGAAGCAUAAUAAUACGCAUUCCAAAACGGAAUUAUAUAACCGAUGGCACAAUAUCGAUUGGAAAAUCUCGUAUUUCAAACUACGGGCGCUAAUGUAUUGCAUAUGCAAAUUCAGGCCCACACAUCGUAACAUAAACAAUCGUUCGUUUACGUGACACUGGAUUACUCGUCAAUUGACGUUUAUAUUUCCUUUGCUCGUUGACGUUAAUCCAUGAUAUCUCGCUAAAUAAUUCUUAACUCUUGAAUGCAUCAUUCGCUUUCUUUCACCAUAAACUGAGAUCAAUUAAGACUGACGCGAUAUACAAAAAUACGCACAUAUCAGCAAAUUAAAAACUUGUAAUAUUCUAAUUUUAUGUAAAAAAACGGAAUAGAUUAUAGUUUUUUUCUAAUUACUACAUUAUAUGAAUACAAGCAUAUCAAUAUCCAAUUAGUGCAAUGAUAUCUCAUUUAGAUAUAGUUUAAUCGUCGUAUCCUUUCAUUUAUUACGGUCGAUGAUUAAUAAAUUAAAUAUUUGAAUAGAAAUAUUUUUGCAAAUAUCAAAAUUUUUAAUAUUCUUAUGAUAUAAAAAUAUAAAUAUACACAUCUUACUAAAGAAAAUCUGAUGCAAUUCUCUAUCUUUUUUAUAGAAGUACAUAGAACUAAUUGUCUGCCUCGUAUCUCUCAGGCAAAUCAUAUGUAUAAUAAUAAGAUUGUAUUAAAAUAUCAGGCAAAUACUUGCUGAUACUCGAGAUACAAUCGAAGGAUUUCGAUUAAAUCUUGCAUUUCCAAUUAGUAUAUGUUAACGCUUUGACAUCGCAGCUGGAUUUUACUACGACGAUUUUUCAACUGAAGUUCCGAUCGUGCCUCCGCUGUUAUUUCUAUGCUGCAAAUGAACGUUUAUAUCAACCAAAUCGCUCUUUUAUUAUAAAAAAAAGAAAUAUAUCAACGAUAAAAUCUAGUCGCAAAAUAAUAAUCAUGUACAUUAAAUUGCGUACCGAUUUGAAAAAUCUCAAUUUAAAUUUAAAAUUAUAUCGUGACAUUCAAAUCUAACAAACUCAAGCAUUAUCGAUUAUAUAAAUUGGCGAUAAAACGGCAAUUAUUGAUCAUAAGAAAAAUUAAUUUUAAACGCGCAUAUUGAUUUGAUUUUCAAGACUCACAAUCAAUCAACACCGUGCAAAUAAAAAAGAGUUUUCUGCAAAUGUAUUUUCUGAAAAUAUAAUUUUCACACGUAUCCGUAAAUACAUUCUCGAGAAAUUUUUUUUAUUGGCACGAUAUUGAUUGAUGGUGGUAAGUUUUGAAAACAAGUGCAAAUCAAUAUGCGCAAUUAAUUUUUCUCAUGAUUAAUAGUCGCCGUUUCAUUGCUAUAAGUAAAAUAAUCGAUAAUGAUUGAAUUUGUUAAAUUUUACAAUGAAAGUUAGACUACUACAAGUGAAAUAUAAUGCUGUUAUGUAGCUCCGUAUGUGUAAUGUUGGAUAUUUUCAACUUCUCAGCCAGAGUAUAUAUAUAAUCAGAACAGAUUAAUGAUAAUUCUAGCAUAUUAAACCACUAUUUUCUGCUUAAAGAAAAAUUUGAUUGAAACGUGAUGCAUUCAAGAGUUAAAUGACUUAUAAUUCAUAUAUUGUCCUUAGGCAUUUUUCUCACUGCCAAACAGGAUAAUACAUGACUAUAUAUAUAUAUAUAUAUAUAUCUGUCGACUUUUUCAUUUCCGAUAAA